ACUGAUCGAGCUAGAUAGCUAGUUUCCACUUUCCAUGAAAACUAAACAAUCAUGUAUUCUCUUUUCAUGGAAAUCAUUUUAUAAUUGAUCCAAGUUAAACCCACCAUGGUUGAGCCGCGUCAACCUUAUUCUUUCCCUCUUUUAACUCCUUGAGUUACUUGCCUUUUGCAUCACAUAAAAUCACACAACCUCGUCACAACAAUGUCCGAUAAUCGAAUCCUCAGUACAAAUCAUCAUCAGGUCGACUUCUGGAGAAUCCUGGGAUUCCUGUCGAGUAUCAUGGGGCUGUCAUCCUAUCUUCUGAGUUCAUCUUUCCAUUCUAUAUUCGCAGAGUGGAACACUUGGAAAAUUAUUCUGUAUAUCUCUGUGAGUCUGAUAAUCGCCUACAGUAUUUUGUUUGCCAAGACAUGGAAACUUCCCUAUCAGAAUCUCCUUUUCAGAUCUCACGUAGCAUUUCUGGUCUUGUUCCUGACUUCAGUUUACUCUUUCUUCUAUGACAAAUGCGUGAAGAAAAACCCAGAUGCGUUCAGUCUCAUUUCUAGUGGUUCAUUUGCUUUCAUGUCUUUGAGCUUGUCAUUUCAGAAGAUUCAACUUGGAUUCGAGGACGAUCUUCUCAAAAUUUUCCUGGGUUCUCUCGCUGUCCAACUCAUGAAGAUCAACUUGUGUUUGUCUGUGGUCGGAGCAGCUCUCUGUUAUUUCCCUAUUGUUCUAGCUCCUUCUUACUUGCAUUAUCGAUCAGAUCAUACAGUUAGUAGCAGUAUUACUAUAAAGAUUGAUACUUGUGCUUACGAUCUCAGAAAACGAUUGUGUUCGAUUCUGGGGAUUGAGAAUGACAGAGAAACUCCGGAGAGAUUCAUUUAUCCUUCAGAUUUUGAAUCCAAACUUAAAAACGCAAUCGCUUCUGGGUUUGUUAAAGAGAGCUACGAAGUUUUCAUCAUUUGGCGAAAACAGGUCUUACACGACAAGCUGCUGAUCAGUACGGCGGCGGCGUUUCAGAAGCUCGUGAUCAGCAUCGAGGAGGUUCAUCACAGGCUGCCAUUGAAAUAUCUCAAAGACGACAUAGAAGAAUGGGCGAAGGCUUGUAACGUUGUCCUUAAGACGUUGUUUCCUAAUGAACGACAUGCGUGUCAUGUCGUCUUCUCGGGACUCUCUCCUCUGGACUAUCUGUCUUUCACGGAGGUUUGUCAGGGGAUAACGACACAACUAUUGAAUUACGCCGGCGCCGUUUCGAGGACGACGCAGUCGCCGGAGCGUUUGUUCAGAAUCGUGGACGUUUUAGAGACAUUGGAGGAGAUUUUGCCCAACAUGGAGUCACUGUUCUGCAAUCAACAUUGUAAAUUUCUCUACGAUGAAGCCAUUACAGUGUGUAAGAGGUUGGAAGAAGCAAUCAGGGGCGUUUUCAUGGAGCUCGAGAAUCUGAUUCGUCAAGAUCCAGCAAAGGAGCUAGCAGUCGCCGGAGGUGGGCUUCAUCCGACAAACCGUUAUGUGAUGAAUUACCCGAGAGCUGCUUGUGAGCGCCGGAAAACACUCGAUAAAGUUUUCGACGACAACCAAGUUUCGUCCUCGUCGUCCUCUUCUUUAUCUAAGCAAAUAGUUCAGAUUGUGGAGUUGUUGGAAACUAAUCUGGAGAUUAACUCCAAGAUUUACAAUAACAACGACUCAGCUUUGUGCUCUUUCUUCAUGAUGAACAACGUUAGGUACAUAGUUCACGAGGCCAAAAAUAGUAACAUGGCAGACCUGUUAGGUGACGAGUGGAUGCAGGAAAAAGUGUUAAAAGUGAGACACUACCUUGUUAGUUACCAGAGAAGUUCAUGGGACAAAGUGCUUGAGCUGUUAAACAUUAUGGAUUAUUAUGACUCACAUAAUAUUGUCGAAUCCCAUCAUGCCAGAGAGAAGCUUGAGCUCUUUAAGUUGCAGUUUGAGGAGAUAUGUGAAAACCAGUCUUCAUGGGUUAUCUUUGAUGAUCAACUGAGAAAUGUCAUUACGAGUUCUUUGAAGAAAAUUAUGUUGCUUGCGUACGAGAAUUUCAUGAUCACGUUCCUAAAUGAUCAUGUCGAAACUGGAGAUUUUGGAGUCCAAGUUAUAGAGGGUCUUGUAAACAAGCUGUUUCUCGGAAAAAAUGAGCACACCGUAAAAUCCAAAAAUAUUCAACCAACAUGGACAGUGAUGUCACCGGGAACAAAAGAUUUUCAUGAAUGGAGGAAGUAUGGUGAGAAGACAACCCCCCAAUUUGACACACCCAAGAAAAUACUAUAGGUGCAUAUACAAGAAUGAUCAAGGUUGUGGAGCCAGAAAACAUGUCCAACAAAUACAAGAAAAUCCAAAGAUGUACAAGACUUGCUACUUUGGCUUCCAUACAUGCACUUUGCUUCUAAAGGCCAAUCCUCAACAUUGACGAUAUGAAAUGGAUCGUUUAAACUAUGAAUUUUGUGAAGUUUUUAAUUUCAUGAAGUUGCUAUUUAGGUUGUCGUCAUUAAAUUUGUUGGCUGGGAUGGUUUAAAUUGUGUCAUGUGACUGAAAUAAGAAAGUGUGUGCAUGAUU